CUCACGUCACAUCCAUCAUCAUCCAUCCCAUCUUUUCGUUUGCCUCUACCCGCUUCUCUUCUCGUCUCGGCCGAUCUGAUCUUUUGAGAGGGCCAUUAUUAUUAGUCUGGUCAACGGCCCUUCUAGCACAACCUUUUUCAUUCUCGCUCCUGGGGCAAUACCGUGGACUGUGGUAGAUACUUGUUUGCUGGCCAAGUCUGCAUCUGCUAGCUCCCUCCAACCUCGGGCAUCCCCAGCGCACAACAAACCAGCCGUUUCUUCCAUUCCUGCUUCACUCGGGCUUCUACCUUCACUUCAUCGCGCCACUCAUCUCAAAUCACUCAUCACUUGGCACCCCUCGCCCGAUCCCUCUGGCAGCUCCCUGGCAGCUCCUGUCCCGUGCUGGUGCUGCUGUUGAUCGCACCUGCUGGCCCCAGUCCCUCCCAAUCUCCUUCUAAUAGAACGCCAAUUUGGGGCCGCGCCAUCUUCAUCAACCGCCUUCGCCUCCGUCCUCAUCAGUCAAUCCUGACGUACCACCUCCCCCAGCCGUGCAGCUUCAUCUGCUUCCAUUCUGGCCUAACAACGACGUUUCUCGGUCAGGUCGACGAGCGCAACAUUCGCACGCCAACACCAGACCACCACCUCUGUCAUAUCUACUACUACUGCAACCAGUAUCACACCAGCGAGCAGUGCAAACAGUCAAGAUGGCCUCAGAGACCGUCAACGAGAAGGCGACCACGCCUGGUGCCACGGUCGCAACCAGCGAUAAACAUACCACCACCGUCACAACUACCGAGGCUCUCAUUUGCCCCGAGUCUGACUUUCGCCGUCCCUCUGAAGUCUCAACUCCCUCGUCUGCCCGCGACCUGAACCCUUUCGACACCGAUAUCGAGGCCAUGAUUUCCAGCCGAACCACGCGCGAGGACGACAGCUGCGGCAUGAAGUCCACGAGCAAGGGCCAGCUGAAGGGAAGCCCAGAUGGCCAGGUCUGGCCAGGGCAGGGCCACUGGAAGAGGAAGGCCAAGGCGAACAAGCUCAACCAGCGAUCAUGCCAGUGCCUCGCUAAGAUGAGCAAGCGGAACAGGAUCCUCGUCAAGGUCGCCAUCAUCUUGCUGGUCGUACUGACCGCCGUGGGAGUGGGAUUCGGCAUCAGCAAGCCUCUGGGUGCCGGAAUCUGGAAGCCCGAUGGCAAUUGAGAAGAUGGCCACGGCUAGGAGAGAUAUUUCCUUGGUCGCUCACGAUUCACAACGGAUCGCACCAUCCACAUUUCACCCAGCGAAGACGUUCAACAUGCCCUACACGAUGCCACCGUCGAUCUACAGCGGCCUAACGUUUCACAUGACCGACCGUGAGAUAGAGCGUUGUACGCCACCGGACGACACAUAUCACCCAGCAUCGAACGAUCAGAGCCGCCCGCUUCUCUGCACAUGAUUCCACCACCGUCCACAAUGUGAGGACGAACAUGGGAACCGAGAAACGACACCACUAGCAUACAUCUAUGGCAAGCACUAGACGUACGGGAGCACCUCAGAUGACGGAGUUUGGAGUCCUUUUCCAGUAACACGAUAAAGGCGUUUUCGGUGCCAGGAGAACAUUCAGGCCUCCUCUUUUUUCUCCUUCUCUUUUCUUUGUUAUCAGCUUGGCAUUCUGUAUUGGAUCGGCAUGAACGCAGCCCGGAUAGGAAAAAAAACGGAUACGUCUUUUUGGAGCGCGGAACUUUUUUCCUUCUUGAUGCCUCUUCCAGCCGUUUCUUACUUUUCUAAUUGUGUCGACCGAGAGAACCAUGGACAGUGGAUAGACUACUACAGGAAGACUGUCUCUUACGAUACGACUGACCUGCGAAGGGCUCGAAAGGUCAGAUUCAGUUGCAGUCGUUAUUUCAUAUCACCGCGCGGCACCGAUCACGUACGGGCUCGAGGAACUACGGGGAAUGGAGGGCCAAUCAGCACCUGGAUAGGAAUACAGCAAAUCCUCUGUUGCUGCUCUGUUUUCCAACAGGGCGCAGCACGAGAUCCAUUUCCCCAA